AUGGGUGCCCUGCACCCUGAUACAGCGUGUGCCCUGCUUCCUGUGCACCCCAGUACCUUGUCCACGUGGGUUUUUCUGCCCCCAAAAAAGUGCCACCUCCCCCCCGUCUUGCAGCAGCACGCUGCCGCCAUGGCCUGGCUCUGCCUGGGCUAGCCGGUGCUGGCGCUGGCCCACGGGCUGGUCUGCUUCGUCGCCUGGCUCCUCAUCUUCCUCAUCCCCGUGGCCAAGAUGAGCGCCCGCACGGCCCGCCGGGUGCUGCUGCCGCCCCCGGAGCGGGUGUGCAUCUGGUGCCUGUGCAUGACGGAGGUGCCGCUGGAUGCGGAGGUGAUCCUGAGCUGCUACCGCACCAUGAACGCCUACUACUACAAGUACACUGUGGAUGGCAUCAUCAUCUUCGCCGUCAACCUGCUGCCACUGGUGGUGGCGACGCUGGUGCUGGGCUACGUGGACAGGCGCAACCGGCUGACGACCUCGCCCCUGAAGUUCGCCCUGGCCCUGCUCUCCAUCAUGCCCCUCUCCUACUACAUCGGCAUGGCCAUCGCCAGCAUCUUGGUGCAGAGCAGCUUCGCAGCGGGGGCGGUGGUGAACGCCACCUUCGGCUCCAUCACGGAGCUCACCUUCUACAUCACGGUGCUCAUCAAGGGCGCCCGCGAGGGCAACAAGUGCUACGAGAUCAUCGUCAAGGCGGCGCUCGCCGGCACCCUGGUGGGCUGCGUCCUCCUCGUCCCAGGCUUGUGCAUGGUGAUAGGAGGCAUCCGGCACCAGGAGCAGAGGUUCAACAGCCGCUUGGCGGGCGUCAGCUCGGCCCUGCUCAUCCUCUCCGUGGGAGGCGUCUUCGCCCUGACGCUCUUCUCCAAGGUGUACGGGAAGCUGGUGUGCGGUGAGUGCCACGACGUCACCCAGAACCCGCUGGGCCACUACCUCUGCCAGAGCUGCCACUUUGACCUGCACUUGGUGUCUGUGACCCCUCUGCUCCUCCCCAGCAUCGAGAUCGGGAACUGUAUUGCUGUCCAGGUGUGCGUGCUGCAGAUACCCAUCCUGGUGCUCUUCACCAUCUUCUACCCCACCAGCUUCACAUUGGUCUUCAGUGACCUGCACGUCUAUGCCAGCAUGUUCAGUGUGGUUCUCAUGAACUACAUCUUCAUGGAUGGCAAGUGUGACUACUUCCAAGGCACUGUGCUGGUGAUGGUCUACCUCAUCCUCUUGGCUGUGUAUUUCUUUGCACCUUCACACAGUAGCUGCUGAGGCCUGGACUCUGCUUUCUCCAGCCCUCCUGCUGGGUCGGCGCCUCGCAGGGCGCAUCUCGUGUCUCAAGGACUUGGCUGGGCUGGCUCCAGUCUGGAAGCAUUGCUUGCGAUGAGUCUGCCGCUGUCGUCUCCCCCAGCUCUCGCGGUGGGGUGCAACGAGAACGUCCAUGCUGGGAAAGGUGGUGGCAGCAGGAGCACUCCUGAACCAAGAAGGAGCCUUAAUGCCAGAGCACUUCACAGAGGUAUUUCCAGCACAUGUGUGCAGAUAGAAGGAAAAUGGUCCUUAGUGGAGGGUGUUGAAGGAGGCUUCCUUGUGGACUCGAGGACAGACCCUUCCCUGGAGAAGUGUUGCACUGGGAGAAGGUGCCGGAGAAGAGUCUCUUGGCCUUCCAAGCUGGGGGUGAUCCCUGCUUCCCCAGGGCCUGAACCCAGGCCUGGAGAGGACUCUGUCCCACAGGAUCACACGAGGCUUUUGGAUGGUACUUGAAAC